CGUGUGCUCGUGUCCAGCGAUCUGUUUCUCAGUUAUAACAAAAUCCAGCCUAUCUUCGGUCUAUGUAGGUCGGUAAUUUGGCUACGAUGUCCAAAUAAACCUAUGGGAGCGCGGGCCUGCUACAGGUCACCUGUAGAUUAUGUGUGUCUUAAUGGUAUUGGCGUGGGUUUAGCGACGAAUCAUCGACAAGGCGAUACACUGCGGCGCACUUGUUAGUUAGACUCCAUUGCAGAAGCUGAUAAUCAAGUGCGGUACAUUUGGUCGAUGGGGAUCAACGCAUCGGGUAAGAACACGUCACGGUAGCGCGUAUCUCGAACUUGCUAAAACCUUUGGGUUAUCGAAACGUACAUUGUGCAUCGGCGGUGACGUCGUAGAAGAUUAGGCUGACUUGAUGCGUUUGGCUGUAGCAGACGAAGAUCUUCUUCGCUCGAGUAGUGCGGAAAAAAAUCUCCUCAGGUCUCCGGAAUCCGUUUAUAUCAAGUACUGCUUCUUGCGUAUUAAAUGUGCUAUGCUGAAAUAAUCCGAUCAUGCUGGCACACUGAGGCGGCAUGCGUUGUUUAAAUACAUAUUAUUGUCGCACAUAUAUGUCUUCAUCAUUACUCUAGUUUGUUCGUUGAAUGUGGUACCCUUCGGGGGUUAGGCGUAGUUCUAGAGUUUGUUUUUGGUGAGAUGCCUUGGCUGGUGCUGGAGGUGACGAGUACGAAGUGAAUUUUACGUCGAAAAAAGUGGCCGCUAGAACAUUAUAAUAAAGAGGACGAGUUAGUCGCUCGAGGUGGUCAAAAAAAUCUAGGGGAACCUGUAGGAAUUGAAUGCGUGACGACGGUGAUGAAGUGCUGUGUCAUUUAGCUAAUUAGCUAUGAGAGUGAGUGCGCAAUUUUACAAAACAAAGAUAAUUAGAGAGAAGCAGCGAACCAAAAAAGAAGUAGUAGGUUAAAGGAACACGCAAGUAUAAAUUCAGUACCCGCUUGUCCGUUCGAUUUGUGCGGUUGGUGCGCAUUUGGUUGCAGACUCUCUGGAUACCUAUACGAGAUCUCCUCUAGGAAGCUUUUUCUUCAAACAAGACCAAGAACAUAUUGAAUGACACGAUAAGCUUACUGUACUAAACUAGCAGGAGCAGCGAAAAUAAACUAACAUAAUACAGAUAGAGCAAACACAAAGCGAGAGGGCGAAAUAGUGUGAGUGGUAAAAAACACUUGUUUAAAUAGACGAAUAAGCAAAGAAAUCUAUUGCGUCGACGUCAUAUUGAAAAACAAGGAUUCAGGAUCACUAAUGGAACCAUUAUUAGUGGCGCUGGAACACCCGCACAGUUGAGAUAGGUCCUGAACAUCCUUCAUCCUCAUGGGCACUCAAGCCCUUUGGCUGCGCGCACGCAGCUCGCGCUGGCAACUCCGAUCGGCAUUGGCAUUGAGAGGCCGUGCUAAUGUUUGCCCUCGGCCAGGUGCAGGAAAUACAGGGGUUGCAGUCAAGCCAGUGCAACCCUCGCGAGCGACAGCUAGCACAAGAAGCACCCUAAGGCAGUUCUUCUGCCGACAAGUCUUCACGCUACUCGUCAUCAUAAUGCUUUUAAGCCCAAAUGCCAACGACACACACGCUGGAGUGCACGCUGGACCGCCGUCUUGCAGAAUGGAGUUUGAUAGUACCGCCAGCAAGCAGGGUAACUUCAGCUCUCCUGCAUACCCAAAUAAUUAUCCGGAAAACAUGGAGUGCUAUUACACCUUCAAAGGCCAAGAAUCGGAAACUCUUCGUAUUACCUUCUACGAGUUCGAGCUAGAAGAACCCUUCCAGAAAGGGUGCCUAAAUGAUUUUGUCGACAUCUCCACAAUCAGUGUAGCAAACGUCAAGCAGCUGGUCGGGCGCUUCUGCGGCACGUACGUGCCCGUACCGCUGCUCACGAUGAAGCCACGAAUGGAGAUUAUCUUCAAGGCUAACCAUGCCCGGUCCGCCAAAGGAUUCUUCGGGCAUUACGAGUUCACUGACGAGAGUUCCGUACCGCCUCCGCCGUCAUCCAACCUAACAGGUUGUGGGGGUACCUUAAGCGGUGUCGGAGGUAUACUCACCUCACCUUAUUAUCCACAUUCUUUCCCUAAAGAUGUUGACUGCGCGUGGCUCAUACGCGUCGAUUAUGAUAAACAUAUCUACCUGCGAGUGCUCGAGCUGCAACUAAAAGGGAGUAUCGCGAACUGUGGUGAGGCAGAACUUGCUAUCUAUGACGGCUAUUCGAAUAUUGAUGUCAAUCCGGUACCGUUGAAGCGAUACUGCGGUGACUUGAAGUACUACAAGAAUACCGAGGAAAAAACUCAGCUGUCACGUCGGAACCGUGUCGUGGUCCGGUUACGGACAACGGUAGCGUCGCCACAGCGGCACGAGGGUGAUAUCAUUGGCUUCAAAUUAGUCUGGACAGCUGUUACGUUUGCCGACCAGUGCGAACAAUUUACCUGUGGAAAGAGUCAGUACUGCGUGAACACCGAGAGCGGGACGUGUAACAUGUCGCUGACCAAGAAUUAUUGCAUCGAUCGUACGCUUCAGUGUGAUGGCGUGCCUAACUGCAGCGGUGAGGACUCAUCAGACGAGGAUAAAUGUCGUCUUCCGUUGUUAGCCGGAUGUGGAGCUGCUAGUGGUGUAUUAGCACUCAUUGUCCUCGUUUCGCUCACUUGCGUGAAAAAAAACCGGCCAUCGAAGAUGGAGCAUGAUCUGGACCUGAGUAUGGCCAGUAUGGAGCGGUCGUUGUCGGUCGCCUCACGCCGUUAUUCCAUGGCUAUGGGACUUGGCAUGGGCGGAAUAGGUCCCAUGGGUGGAUUCGGCCAUGGUUUCGGCAGUAUGGGACCCAUGACCCAUGGGGUUCCCGGUCACGCUAUGGUGGGCGGGACCGGAUCCUGUGUGCUUCACAACAACCUUAACAACAUACAGAACAUCUCGACCUAUGACGAUGCACUACCGACGAAGGUUGCACACUUUACGCCCGAUCCACCUGGCGUUGGACGCAGACACCUUACCGAUGUCUAGUAAAUAAAUAGUUACAUUACUGUUCUCACCCCUUUGAAUUACGUGUCGUGUACAUUAACUUUCAGCACGAGUACGAUACAAAAAAAACGACGGAAAACUGCUGUAAUAGGCAUACAAGGCCAAAAACAAUGCUAACAACAUCACGGCAAAAGAAAACGACAAUAGAAUGUAACUCACUGGUCGUGCACCAUGCCGGCUUUACAAAGGUUGCGUGUAAUACUAUCAAGGAGUUUUCUACACGAUGAUCGAAAACAUUCCGAAAGGGACGCUGUUAAAAUGGUCGUUAACUGAGAGCGGUAUCUAUUUAAUUAUAUAAUUUCUUCGAACUAGCUACAAUGAGUGAACUCUUCGUUGUUAACUGAUACAAGUUAGGCUUUUCUUAUUCGAUUACCUUUCAGACGAUCUAAGAAACCAGCCAGGCAUCAUCGUGUAUCACUAGUGUUGCUAUCAUGAAACGUUAAGAUUAAGUAAGGGGGAUAUUUGGUUGGAACUGAGGCAGUAAAUGGGCGUUAGACGACAAUUCACAGGCCGGCACAGACAAACUUCCAGACAGCGACGCGCUGACACAAACGAGCCGACGAAAGUUUUGUGUCUUGGAACGGGCGCUGCAUUGAAACACACGCACUAUCACAGAGACUCACGAAGUAAUGCAUACGUGAUGUUAAUUUUGUGUAAGCCGAUGCAUGAAUAAAGCAAGGAUGCGAUAGAGUAUUUAGAAAAGACACAAAAACUCAGAGACGAUCGAGGCUUUGAAGCAAUUUCUUCAUUAUUUCUUCAACUCGGCUUUAGGGUUUGAAGGCGUUUGCAGGGUGCCUUCUAGCGACGGUAGCGAUCAUGCUUAUCACUCAAGGCCAAACGCAAUUAAGUUAAGCACUCACACGGGAUCAUUCAUGAUCGCGAUCACAAACGAUUACCCCUGGGUUAGCGUUUAGCCAGUAAAUUUUCACGAGCAGGAACAACACCAUGAAUUAACAUUUGAAGGACCUACUUGCAAAAGGUAGACUUUGUGUAUCGAUAGAUUGUGGGUAUUACAACGUCUACCAAAUAGACGUGUAAUCGGUAGUAACACGAUUAGACGCAAAUGCAGCCUGAGCCGUAUGCGAGUACCCUAGAAAGGAAUCCAGGUCUCUAUAUAUAUUGAGUUUGAUUGAACUGUUCCACAAGAGAAACGAAGAAGAUCGAAAUAGAACUGCAAAAAAUCACCGGGUCACGGACUAACAGAACAGGACGUGUAUAACCGGAUAGCAAAAAAAAAAAGACGCAGACGGGUGAGCUUGCAGUAGAGACUCAAGUUUUCUGCAACCUUGUCCAUAGUACGAUCAUUUGAGGGAGCAGAGAGACCUGAUAGAAGUCCUCCGCCCACUGGCGUCCGGGAGCUGUCGUUUAGCUACUGCGAUCACUGGUGCUGCUCUUUCAUCAUGGUAGUAGUAGUAGAUUGUGUCGCACCUCAAAAACAGGAGUCAGAAGGCAGCGGAGGAGACCUAGGAAAGGAGUUGGAGAGUAUUAGGGGCGCGGAAAUUGUGAGGGGCUCGCAAGAUCCUUCAUUUCUUGUCCUCCACGUUCUCUCUAUCAUGUGUCCCUCAUAGCUGUCUGUUACCCCGAUCUGACGUAAGCGAGUGUAAAAUGACGGAAAAAGAGGCUAUCUGGGUUUGCGACGUCGCCUGAGGCCUCUAGGCUACGAGGACAACGGGUCCGUAGUGAAAAUGGCUUCUGUUCAGGCAGAGCAAAUAAGAGCGGGAGUCUAACUAGAGAACGACCGUAGUCCUCCUAUAGGACAACCGGGGUAGGAGGAUGAGCCUCGCAAAAGAGCGCCGAGAAACCAGACCACCCUAGGCAUCAUCACCACCGCAAUCACAAGAGUUGUGUACCGUUGAUGGCUGGAAGCCGUGGUCGUCGUGGUACUCGAAGCUGGAGCCUGUCGGACUACGGCUAGUGCGCUGUUCGACAAAAGCCGUGAUAUUGUUCCGUUGCAUUGUACCGCUUCUAUACAUCGAAGGUAACAAUAAAACGGAGAGGAGGAAGUGAGCAGAGGAACUUCUCGAGAGUAGACGACAGAAAAGGACGAACGUCAUCAGACCGUCUAGUUGGCUUGGAGCUACAACAACUGGGAUCACUGCCUUGCUAACCAGUCAACGUGGGGUUUCCAUGCAAAAAAACGUAAUGUAGCCCUAAAGAUCAGAUAAAGUCGGAUUGAUGUUUAAAGAAGAGUUAGAAGUAAAAAAUAGGCUAGAAAAAAAUAGAAUAUUUAAAUGAUCAAGGUAUAAAAACGAGUAAUCGGGUCGGAAUUUUGCCAAAGGGAAUACGUUGCAGGUCUGAACUGGAAUCUCUCGGCAUCAAUAAGCCUGCGAACUUGUGGCAUGAAAAAAUUGUACUGCAGCGGUAUACAUACAUUUAAAAGCAAAUAAUGGCGACGUACACGAUAUUAGAUAAUAAUAAAAUGUGAGUACGCAGGGGAAAGGUUGUGUUGGCUCAAGUAUGAACAUAAUAAAAAUAUACCCACACAUAUUACAAAUGCCAACGGCACACGAAAACAUACAUGCUUAUUUUAAAGGUUUGUUUUUAGUCAACAGGCGGAUCAGUGCCUUGAAUGCCCCCGCAGACCUCUUCUAGACCCACGAUAGCGCCAUCCAAAUACUAACAUGACAUAUGACACAAAUAGAGCUGAAAUAUAUUCUAUUCAUUUUCUAGCUCAAUUAACUAAGUUUAGAACGAAACGUGGUAUGAGUCAACGAGUGGAUAUCUUACCCGAAAAGUUCGUCAAUGACUAUACAUUAGUAAUAGCAAAAUGCACUUUCUACGAGACCCGGAGGCUUCUCAUAAAGUGAGCUACUUGUUCUAACAGGGCUUAUUAAGUUAAAACGUGAUCCUUUGAAGUGUGAAGCAGCGAGUUAUAUUAUGACAGUUGUUUAAAUGUCGAAUUGUGAUGAUUUAUUGGAACAUUUUUUGAGUCUUGUUGUCAGCGUAAGUUCAUAUAGGAUCUUCAGCUACCGGUUAUCUUACCGGAGUUUUUUUUGUUCUCCUUUUAAACUUGAUGAGUCUAUAUGAAAUCAUAAGAGAAUAGUAUUUCUAUGCUAGUGGUACUGAGUCUUAUCGCUUUCAUUCUGUCAAUAUAGUUCAGACUUUCAUCUAAUUUAGCCGCGCAACUAAUCAAUAAAAGCUUCAUUGCGUACCCGUUAUCUCUGGGUACCAGGGUCUAACAGGCGGAAUGAAUAUGGACGCUGAUUUAUUAAAAUCAGCGCACGGUCUUCACGAGCGAAAUGGAGUAUUGCAUCAUUUCUAAAUUGCGUUAGGUUCUCGCCUAGCAGUUAGCGCAGAAAGCACUUCUUUUUAAGAUUUACAUAUAAAAACGGUGACUGUCGUGUAUAAUCACUAAGGACACGCUGCGCUUUAUAUAAAAAGCAUGCACAUAAGUGCACGUAGAAAAGGAUAGAGAGAUCGUGGUGUACGGACACACGCGUAGGUACUCACACGUACACAGAAACAGGGAUUUUACACGGACAACACACGGUAGACAUAUGGAUUCAGCAUGUUCUGUAUGUAUUCGGUAUGUCGACAAGUGAAACCAUCUGAUCGUAACUGAUUUUAACUCGAGUAUCUGUAGCAGCAGUACUAUAUAUACAAAUACAAUUAAUAAUAAUUAUUACAGAAUCAUGAUAAUGAUAUCGAUGCUACAUGAACAUUGUAGUAAAACCAGAUCGCCGGAAACGUUUACUACAUUUGCUUCCCGCCAAAAAAUCAAACCGGUAAAGGGAGCCUAUUGUCUGACGGACAGUGGAAAAAAAUCAACGUAGAUGUUCCGUGUCAGUCGAUGUCUUCCCCUGCGACGGCCACCAAUCACGAUGCUGAUGCUAGAAGACACCGACAAUUGUGGCAGUAAACAGACAAAAAAAGAACGAACAGUUUCUGCGUGACGUUUGUACCAGUUACACAGACAAUAGAGAAUACAAAGAUACUGCUACUGCUCAUGUGGAUGGGCUCCUGUAUGAUAUUCACGUGAUGAGAGUACUAUACGACGGUAUUGCGUAAACACGACGAAAAAAAAGGAGAAGAUUGAUACAAAUUCACAAAAAAAAAAAGAAUAAAAAAUACGUGAAAAGUGGCAGUCGAACACGAACGAUUAAAAAAUAACAAAUAUGUAACAAACAUUGUCUACAAUGAACGGAUCGACUGGGAUGGAUGCAAAAAAAAACAAAGGACAGAACGAUCUCAUUAAAACGGGAUAAAGACCUCACAAACAACUGAUUUUGCUAUUACUAUAGAUACAUUUAUUCCAACAAAUUAGAACGAUCAACGAAGAUUAUUGAUUAUUACUACUUCUAUGAUUAGUAAUGCUACAUAGUAAUUGAUAGAGUACGCACAAAAAAAAAAAACAGAAAACAGUGGUUUAUCUCAGUUUGAUGUCCUUGUUAGUAGGAUUGUGAUUGAGCGACACUUGAGAACUGACGGAUGAGGAUCGUCCAGUGACGACAAACUAAUGAAUUAAUUGACUGUAAUAAACCGAUGGAUUAGUAAAUAGAUGUAGGGAAAAAAAUUAGGUAGGCAGAGGUGGAAUUGAAACGUCGACAAAAACAAAAAUGAUAAUAAUAAAUACGUUUGUUACUAAAAUAGUCGAUGCUUUAUUAUUAAGUAAAUAUAUAAAGAAAAACAGGACGUGUGCUCUAUGGAAGAUGUUCAUGAGCUACACA